CAAAACGCUCGAGCGUUUCGAAACCGGCGAGACGUCAAAAUCAAACCGAUCAAAACAAACAAACGGAACGGUCACAAACGAGUGUAGUUCCUAAAUAAUUUGAAUUAGAAACUAGUUUUUCUCAAGUUUUUAUCGAUAUUAUAGUGCUAACUGUGUUAUCAAUCGAUAUUUUAAUGCAUUAUUAAUGCCCAAGUAGCUGGCCGUUGUUUGCGUCGACAAAGAAGCAGUAAAAUCUGUCGGCAACGAUGAGUGCAAAGAAGGAACCCGAAACAAUUGGCUUCUGGCUGCCGAACCAGAGCGGCAGCACUCCGAAGAUGGACAUUCUGACGCCGCACAAGUUGGCCGUGGUGUUCCUGAUCCAGGAGUAUCUCUCGCUGAAAAAGACCGCCGAAGACACGCCGCAGCUGGAAUUCACUGCGCGGGACAGACGGAAGUUCUGCAUGCUGUUGUUGAAGCUGAUCCAGUAUCCGGACAUGGCGUACAAGGAUCUGUAUGGUUUGCUGACCUCGCCGGUUUAUGGAAUCCACCGGGCCCACUUGGAAGAGUUUGAAAAGCUGAUGAAAAUGCUGAAGACCGUGGGAAUCGAGAUUUUGUUCGACUUGUACACCGUGAUAGAGAAACUAAUCACAGAUAAUGCGAGCAGCUACCAAAUCGGAAUCGUUGGCUUAUACUUGCGCCGCGUGUUCGUCACAUUGGACAAAAUGAACUUCCCGGAAUUUAUGGCCCUGUACAAAAAUUCGGUUGCCUACUACGAAAAAGGCGUUAGAGCGGUGCAGAUAUCGAGCAGUGCUUUCUCGAACAGCGAGAGCUUCAUGAAACUGGAAGCGCAGACAGUCUACAAGGACAGAAAUUCCAGUUCCAAAUGGUCAACAAAACAGGCGGAACUGUUCGUUGCCCAGCAGAGCACUCUGCUGCAGAGUAAUGAGAUGGAUGCGUUGAAGCCAAAGGAAAUGCAAACCAGGUUGAAUGAGAUUGUUCAUGACCAUCCGUUGUAUUCGCAGGCGUAUUUCCUGAGCUAUUUGAACAGCGUUCGAGUGAGAGAUUUCUUCAAUGCUGUUGAUGCAUUACAUCGGUCGUUCGAUAGAAAUACUCUGAACUCGAUGGCCCUUGCUCAGGAUAACAAAGAAUAUCAGUAUUCUGCGUUGAAUUUAGCAAUCUUACAUGCUCAGUUCAACCACAAUGAAGAAGCACUUGCAAGUCUUAAAGAGUGUAUCAUGCUGGCUCAGGAGAACAGCGAUAAGAUCUGCCUGCAGUUAGCACAUGCCUGGCUCUGCCUUCUGGACUCCAGUAAGCCCCAUUUUUCUGAAAAGAACAUCGCUAACAAGGAACUUAUUACGCUGGUACAUUCCAUUUCUCUCGGAAUUCAAUCGCUGGUGAAAUCAUCUGCUGCUACCGGUUACACACCGGCUAAAUUGUUCGAGGUAUUGCUGAAAAGCGAUAUCCUCAACUGCCAAACUUCCAUGAUAGACCUGAUCGCCAACGGAAUUGCGGAAAGGGCCGCCCUAUGGGCUAUGUACGGCAAAAACGAAGUAUCCUCGCUCUGUUCGCAGUUGUUGCUCAACUCGGAUCUGAAAUCAUUGGGUAAAACCUACAAUGGCGAAGGAAUUUGCCAAGCUCUCUGCUCGUUGAUCAUUUGGUUAGCGCUUCAAGGCGAGUUUCAUUUAGCUCUGAUUGUUCUGAAGCACACCAGAGAGCGAUUCCCGCGGUAUCCGCUGUCGAAAUCGUGGAUGACCGUCGACCAUUUCAUCAGUUCGAUGCAGGCCAUUUUCCGAGCAGAGUGGACUGACGCCAGCAAUGCGUGUUACCAACUUUACACCUUGGACAAACAUCUGUCUCUUCUGCAGCGAGCCCGCUUAGCGCUGGCUCGACUCAACGUCAAGUCCGCUGACUUGCUACUUCGUAAAUUGCUCGACGACGACACGAUAGAGCCUCUCACCCGAACCAGGGCCCUUCUGCUAACCGCACACCUGCUCACUCUUACCCCUGCCACAACCAAAAUGGAGGUGGUCAACGUCCUGAACGAGGCCCUGGCCAUCGCCAACAAAAACUACCUAGACUACGAAAAGGCCCUCAUCGAAAUGCAUUUCGCACACGUUCUCCUGACGAUGAAACUCCCGCACCAGGCACUGAAAUCCGUCCGAACUUGCCUGGAGAACAUCCUGGCCAAUGGUGGCAUCUACGACAAGGCCAAGGUCCUGUUUCUGUUCGUGAAAUGUAUCCUCGCCGUGGAGCAAAGCCCCGCCAACAAAAUUGCCAAAAUCGGCAAAUGUGUCCCCAUGCUGGAGCAGGCCGUCGAGCACUUCCAAAAGUUGGAGUGCUACGUCAAGGUGAAGGAUGUGUAUAUUUUCCUCGCCACGUUCUACAACGAUAUGGAGAUGCCCGAGGAACGCAACAAGUACGCGUACAAGUACCGGCAAAUCGAGGAGCAGUACCCGACGGCACGUGAGUAUUUGGAUUUGUUCUUCUAAUACAGUAAUUGAAGUUGUUGAAUAAGA